UGGAUUCUUUUAUCUCCCGGGCGCGCCCCUGCAGGCGGCAUAGGAGCCGGGACUACAGCUCCCGGCAUUCUACGCCGGGUAGCCGACCCGGUAGUAGCUCUUUUCCGACCAAGUUUCCUCUCCCUGCGCCGCUGGCUGCUCGCCGCUCGGGACUCCAGGGGGCUCAGGGGCCUGUCUGCGGGAGGUGGGCACUGCCCAGGGUGACAGUGCGGGAGCAUGGCCAUGCACCUGGGCAGGCUGAGCGCGGGCUUCUGCUGGCUCGCGGCGCGGGGCGGCUGCGGGAAGCUGCGCUCUUGGUCCCUGCGCUGCGCGGCCGGACGCUUCUGCCGCCCCCCUGGCACCGCUUGCGCCGAGCAGAGCCGCGGGCUGUGGUACGGCCCUACUGCGGGAGGCGGCCCCCGGCUGAGGAGCGGGUUGGCCGCGGGGCUGGCGGGGCUGGCCGGGCUGGCCGCCGCCGCCUUCGGGCUCGUGGAGCGGGCGGAGAUGGUGAGCAAGAGCUCGGGGGCGCCGAGUCCCUCGCCGGGGAGGCCGGAGGAGGAGGACGACGAGCUGGCCCGCCGCUGCAGCUGCUUCAUGGCCUCGCCUGUGACCGACCUGCACGAGCUGCGGAGGAGGCCGGGCGACAUGAAGACCAAGAUGGAGCUGCUGAUCCUGGAGACCCAGGCCCAGGUGUGCCAGGCGCUGGCACAGGUGGACGGGGGCGCCCGCUUCUCUGUGGACCGGUGGGAGAGGAAGGAAGGAGGUGGUGGCAUCAGCUGUGUACUUCAAGAUGGGCAUGUUUUUGAAAAGGCCGGGGUGAGCAUUUCUGUUGUUCAUGGAAAUCUUUCUGAGGAAGCAGCAAAACAGAUGAGAAGCAGAGGAAAAAAGCUGAAGACGAAAGAUGGUAAAUUGCCGUUUUCUGCUAUGGGUGUGAGCUCUGUUAUCCACCCCAAGAAUCCUCAUGCUCCUACUAUCCAUUUCAACUACAGAUACUUUGAAAUAGAAGAAGCCGACGGUAACAAGCAGUGGUGGUUUGGUGGUGGAUGUGACCUUACCCCAACAUACUUGAACCAAGAGGAUGCAGUGCAUUUUCACAGGACUCUAAAGGAGGCUUGUGACCAGCAUGGUCCAGAUCUCUACCCCAAAUUUAAAAAAUGGUGUGACGAUUACUUCUUUAUAGCCCAUCGUGGGGAGCGGAGGGGCAUCGGGGGUAUCUUUUUUGAUGACCUUGACUCUCCAUCCAAGGAGGAGGUCUUUCGCUUUGUGCAGAGCUGUGCCCAGGCUGUCAUUCCUUCUUAUAUCCCCCUUGUGAAAAAGCACUGUGAUGACUCCUUCACCCCCCGGGAGAAGUUGUGGCAGCAGCUCCGGAGAGGACGGUAUGUAGAAUUUAACCUACUGUAUGAUCGGGGUACAAAGUUUGGCCUCUUCACUCCAGGAUCCAAGAUCGAAAGUAUCUUGAUGUCUUUACCUCUCACCGCCCGGCUCCGGACGCGCAGGCUCGGCGGCCAUGGCUCACGGGCCCAGCCGCUCCGCGGCAUGUGGGAUCUUCCCGGGCCGGGGCAUGAACCCGCGUCCCCUGCAUCGGCAGGCGGACUCUCAACCACUGCGCCAUCAGGGAAGCCCAGGAUCAGCUAUUGAUAAAGGCAAGAACAUGGGUGAAUAUCAGAAAGUCAUUAUGCCAAGUGAAAGAAACCAGACACAGAGGAGCACUCACUGUAUGUCUACAUUACAUAAAAACCGAGGAAAGUCAAACUCUUAACAAGAGAAAGAUCAGUGAUUGCUAGGGGCUGGGGUUGGGGAAUUGAUUGUGAAAGGGAACAAAAGAAUGUUUUGAGGUGAUGGAAAUGUUCUAUGUAUUGAUUGUGGCCGUGGUUACCAGACUGUAUACGUUUAUCAGAGCUCACUGAGCUUGACACUUAAAAUCAUGAAAUUUUAUUGUAUAUAUGAUUUAUACUUCAACAAAGUUGAUUAAAUGAAAGAAAAAACAUAUUGGGCAUAUAGGAACAAAUGUUCAAUAAACUUCAGUUUGCCUUUUACAAUAAAAAGUCCCCAUCAUUUAGAUCUGCCAGCCUAUUUAGUUGUGUUUAGGGCUAUUGGGGUCUGGGCAUUGGACUAAGAGAAAUUUCAAAAAUUUUCUGUGCAUAUCGGUUUUUCGUACUCUUCAGUAAUCAUGUAUUUUUCUUACAGAUGAGACUAUGUCUGGGGAAAAACGUAACAAUUGCAUAACUAUUGGAAAGUCAUUCUGCUGUUAUUCAAAAUGAAUUUCUGUUUCAAAUUUGUAUUGAUGUCUGAGCCUUGGACACCUAACUGCUGCUGGCUUACACAUGUAUGUUGGUGGUCAUAAGGGGUGGAAAUUUGGGGGUGGAUAUAGAUGCUUUGGAGCAAAUUUCUAACCACUACUUUAUCACUAUACUCUGCUUACCCACCUAUUCAACCGAGUAAUUCAUGAAAUAAAAACUUUUCUGCGUUAAAGAGCAUCAGAUUAAUAGGGCACAUAAUCUGUUUCUUUAUGAUUUAUCCACCCACGAUUCAUUUGCUGUUACAAUUCAUCAAGGCUGGAAUUGUCUGCAGGUUUUUUACUCACGCGGCUUGGACGUGUGAGUAGGCUAGGACGGCUUGAGAGCUAGGCUUAGCUUGGACUGUGGACCUGGUGCCUACACGUGGCUCAGAACACACAUUCCACCCAACAAGCAGAGGCAGUGCCUUCUGAUCUAGCCCCAGAGGUUAUGUAGUGUCACGUCCUUCACAUUCCGUUGGUUACAAGUGAGUCGCUAAGAACAGCUCCCGAUUCACUGGAGAGGGAAUUAGACCCCAGCUCUCAAUGGGAGGAGUGUCAAGGAUUUGUGAUCAUCUUCAAAACCACCACAUAGCCUUUCACACCCAAAACCACAAAAUAGAUUUGACAUUCCCUCCCUUAUUGCCCUAAUCAAAUUCUGUUGAGUCCACCUUUGAAAUGUUUCUUAUUUCCUGCCUCUGUCCCCUGCCAUGACUCUACUUUGGUCCCACAUUCCUUCUCACCUGAAUGUUUGCCAUACCCUACCUGCCUCUGGUCACUCUGACCUCCAUUCUCUCCCUUCAGAAUUACUUCACCGGAUAGGAAGCAACCUAAGUGUCCAUCAACAGAUGAAUGGAUAAAGAAGAUGUGGCACAUAUAUACAAUGGAAUAUUACUCAGCCAUAAAAAGAAACGAAAUUGAGUUAUUUGUAGU